AAAAAAAAUUUUACAAAAAAAACGAUGAAAGAAGGGGUCAAAAUGUUGGAAAUUUUAGUAAAAAAAGGGACAAAAUUUAAUAAACGACAAUGUUACAUGAAUUUCUAAAGCAAAUUGAAAAGGAAUGUUACUUCUAUAUGCCACUACUAUAUUUCAGUUCUUAUCACUCCAGUUCUUGAUUGAUCGGCCUAUUCUGAUUACAGCACGAAAAGUAUCUUCUAGAUGUCAUCGUAAAAAUAUGGCUAAAAAUUCAUUUUUAUGGAAAAUCGAGAUCGAUCCGCCAUCAUAUUUUUACGGGACUAUACACGUCCCCUACGAUAUGGUGUGGGAGGAUAUUCCGGAUAACGCUAAGUUAGCAUUCGAACGUAGUCAUUCCGUAUUUUUCGAACUCGACCUGACCGAUUAUAAUACCGUACGAGAGUUGGAAAGAUGUCAACUCCUUCCAAACGGGCUCACAUUAGACCAAAUUAUACCUAGUCAUUUGUACAAACGUCUUAGGCGGCAUAUUGCGUCGAUUCGCGAUUUAAUUCCUUUUUGGUUAAACGAUAAAAUGACGUCACAGUACGAGGUUAAAAAUUUGGACGAAAAAAUUGACAGCCAUUAUAUAGACAAUCGAUACAAAAAAGAUAAAUCCUUGCAACAUCAAACCUUUAAUAUUGAUAAUAAUAAUCUUAAGUUCCAAAAAUUAGUCACACUCGGCUUGAUUACCUCAAACACGAUACAUUCUAUCAACAACAUUCCCGCGUCCAACCACAUAUCCCACAAAUAUAGAAAGAUUAGGACUCAUUCCAGCGCGCGAAAACUCAAGGAAACGGAUGAUUCUGCUUCUAGACAUAAGAUGGGCGAUCAGGAUUCUGAGGCUAUAUUUCAAGCCAUUACUGCAGAUUGGCGUCGUAAAAGACCUAUAUGGAUAAUGUUGAUGCUAAACGCCUUGACUGAAAACGAUAUAAGAGCUAGAGGUACCCCCGUCCUAGACCUAUUUUUAUCCCUUAAAGCUGACAAAUCUAAUAAAAUCGUUGGAGCCAUCGAACGGGUCGAAGAUCAAUGUACCCCGUUAAACGAUUUGAAUUCAUCACAAGUAUUGAUAGCCUUGAACCAAACUCUCACCAAGCACGAACACAAUCUUAGAGCUUCCACCGGUGUCAAAAACCAGAUUGGCGAUUCAUCUCAAAAACAUGCAUUUGAUUCAGAAUAUUUGGAUAAAUUGCAUACCUCCACAUCCGAUAUAGCCAAUAUCUACCUGUGUGGCAACGUUGACGUUUUGAUACAUUCACCCGACGAUGCCAAUAUGAUUUUAUCCAAGAACGCGUUUUAUUCCAAUCCUGUAAAAGAUGCUAACGAUGAUUUUCAAUCUAUCGAAUUGCCGGAAGAAUACGAUCAUCAUUAUAGAGCAAAAGACAAAACAACUAUCGGACCUCAUAUUAUAAUCGACAAUUAUUUUAGGCAAGAAUUGAUAGCCGGGAGAAAUAAGAAGAUGGCCGAAAGAGCCAUCGAAAUUAUCAAGAGAAACGCCGGAAAAAAUAGCGUAUUUUUCGCAUUCGGAGCUGCUCACUUUCUGGGAAACGAUACUAUCAUAAAUCAUGUAAGGGAAGCUGGUUUUCUAGUGAAGCACGUACUACCUCACGAGCCCCUUACAUCUGGGAUCAAUAUGAGAAAUGCUUACGUCAAAUCUAAAUAUUAUCCCAAAAGUCCAAAUUAUAAAUUCAAAUCUAAGGUACCUUCCCAGCCGGAAACAUCACCACAAUAUAAUUCUCUCGCGACAUCUACCAUAAUGAAAAAAUAUCGUUAUUUCGCUCUACCUCCCUAUGCGUCUUCCCAUUAUAGAUUCCCUACUUACGAUAAUAACUAUAGACAAAAUCCAAAUUUUAAUGAUUUGUGGGUUCGAAAACAUUAUGAUGAGUAUAAAAAAGGAACUACAUAUUCUAAUGAAAGAUUUUCUGAUGAUUACAGAAAUUUCAAGAGGGAUAUUCAAAAAUCUAAUAUUUCGAACAAAUAUUUACUAAAUAUAUCAAUAAUAAAUAUUUUUUGCUAUAAUCACUAUAAAACAUUAGCCCAGUUUGACCAUUUGCCGACUCAUAAGCGACCUCUUCCAAUUGAACCCCCAUUUCUGGCUUAA